AUGUGCGAGGUGGAGACCCCACUGUGCUAUCCGGUCGCUGCGAAACUCACUCCAGCGGUGAUGUACCGCUACUGUGACAAGCUCUCGACGAAUGGGGAAGACCGAAGCCCAGAAGCCAAAGGUUGUCACGACAGCUACACGCCGUAUGUCCAACGCUCAUUGGCCAAUAAGAUGUUCAGUCAUUGUGGAGCUUGGUGCCUGUACGACUUCGACAAGCCGGAUACAGUGGCAUACAGCUGGAACGAGGCUGAGAAGUGCUGGCACCGGGGCAGUGGGUGUCUGGGACACCCGGAGCAGAAGCUGGCCACCGAACGGAAGAAAGACUUCUGCGAGGCAGAGCUUUGCAUCCCAGUGCAGAGCAUCCUGUCGGAGACGUUGAUGUUGAGCUACUGCACCUUGACAAGACAUGCUGGGAUUGAUGGCAUUGUCCAACAAGCAGGGACGCAAGAAAGGCUUGGAUGUCAGAUGAUGUGA